UUAAUGGCUUUAUCAUGGGAGUCAUAGUUCUGAAUUCCUUAGCCAUUGGUUUUGAGACAGUGGAGGAGUGGAAGACGGCAUAUACUAAUGAAUUCAAGGCUUUGGAUGAAUUCUUUCUUGCCAUCUACACCAUGGAAUUCCUCAUGAAGUUAUAUGCAGAACCUAAGGGUUACUGGAAAAGCAGUUACAACAGAUUUGACUUCUCAAUAUUGGCAUUGUCUUAUGUCCAAGUGAUUAUGGAUGAACUUAAUGUUGGGGAUAAGAUUCUAACACCUUUAAGACUUCUGCGAGGUUUGUCAUUGCCACCAACCAGCUUUUUUUUUCCUAUUGUAGCUGCUCGCACAUUACGGACCAUUUCAUUCAUUGAAGGCCUCCAGGUUCUUGUCACUGCUUUGAUUGACACCAUCAGGAAUUCUGUGCUCAAUGUUGUGAUUCUCCUUACAAUGCUGAUGGCUUUCUUUGCUGUUGUUGGUUAUUAUAUUUUUGGUUAUGAAGAAGACACUGGUGAUAAAGAGAACUGGGGAACUCUCAGCACAGCAAUGUUGACACUCUUUACAUUUGUGACUGUGGAUGGCUGGACUGAAAUUCAGAAAGAUCUUGACAAACGGCCUUACAGCCAGUGGUUUACUGUCAUCUUCAUCUUCCUGGGCCACUUCAUUUUCACUAAUUUGUUUAUUGGUAUCAUAAUUAUGAACAUACAUGAAGCUACAGAAAAGUUUAUUUCGCAACAGAGACAAGAACGUGAAGCUGUUUUGCAGAUAUCAUCAAGUUUCUUUUUGCAGAUGAAAAAGGAUUUUCUGUUUCAAAGGCAACAUGAUGAUGUGAAAGAAAUGUUGGAAAAACAGGUAAUGGUUCAUGGUCAGAAAAACAGCCAGUAUGCCAACUUUGAAGAGAUGACCCACAGCUUCCAGCAAACACUCCGUCAUGAUGACUACGUCAUCAUGUCUGACCCUUGUACAAACUUAACUUGGCUAGAGGCAUUCCUUACUACUUCAGAUCAUAUAGAUCUCUACAUGUACAGGUAUGUCGAGUUCAUAUUUCACAGUCUAUUCCGUACUCUAUUAUUUUUGUCACCAGGGAUAUAUACUGUUUCGACCUAAAUCUCAUCUUUUUUUUCCUUACCCUUCAAAAAAAAACCACUU